UCCAAAAACCUUAAAAGCCAACUACCGGCAUGGCCACACCUCGGAGCUCCCCCAAAAACAUACCACAAGAUGAAAGACGCAUGCCUUCAUCAAACCCACAAAAUUGAAUCAGUAAAGGACAUGAAGUCACUCGUCUUGAGGCUGUCCAAAAGAAGGACCCACUACACAAAAAAAGACUGCACAUGUCAAGAGUGCAACACAGACAGACUGACUGGAUGUACAAACCUGCAUAAAUGCACCAAAACAGCGAGGGACAUACUCAAAAGACUCUUACCAAAUUUCAACACAAAUACCCCCCCGAAAAAGGACGAUCUAACUCUGACGCAUAGACAACUUGAGAAAAACUCACGUGCAAAACAACAACAGCGAGGAGAGAUACUGUUUGACCCAUCUAUAACCGCCAAAAGCGACCUAUCAGAGUGCUUCAGAAUCUUUGUAGACCCAGAGCGGCUAACCCAAAUGCCAGUGCAUAGACUUCAGACUCCAACAAGGGGCAGAUGA